AUGGAGCAUCGCAAAGCGAUGAUUUCUACUAUAACUAUGAUCGAAUCAAGUAACAAUAACCAUUCGCUUCAUCGACGUAAGAAAAGAACAGCUAAACGACAACAACUACUACCACCCUCAUUAUCAUCAAUACCAAAUGAUGAUCAACACAGUCCAUUAGUAUCACAUACGGGAAUGAAUUCUAAUCACAUCAAAACACAUCUAAGUGGACAACAGAAAGAAAACAUUUCCAUGAAACGACCGUUAGCAUGGACUAAAAAAUGGACGAAAUGGUUUUCACCAUGUGGCUCACAACGCGUAUCCCGCAGCGAUUCCAAUACGAUAUCAACACUAACGCCAACAGUAGCAACAGUACCAGUUGAUGUAAGUGAAGAUUUCAUCUUUUCAUCUUCAAUAUCUACACCUGUUACGAGAUAG